GGAAAAGUGUUGUUGACAAUCGUCUGUUCUCUAGAUGUUCUCUAAUCAUAAUGGAAAACUUCGGACUCUUUGAUAUUAUUUAUUUCAGCUAAAAUACCUUUGUCGGCUUUGACACCGAUUUAACACCAUCGCCAAUCAAAAUAACUGUGAAAACAAAAUAAGCACAUUGAUGAUGUUACAGUGAAAUAUCUAUAUCAUCAAUAAUUCAUGAAAACAACCGGAUGGACCUGAAAUGUGGAUUGUUUACCCGUUCAUUUCGCUUUUGAAUAAAAGGCUUUUCGAUUAAAAGAAGAUAUAAGCAGCUAAAAGUCGAAAGUUAGACAUCUAACAACGGGCAUCUGUGUGAAUUCAUCUGCUUCAUCAAUAACAGGACUCAGGAGUCAUUAGGUAAAUGAUGUCAGCAUCCUCUCUGCUCUUGCGGUUCAGUUGAUGUCGAAGCCAAACGUCACCCUGGAGGACGAGGAGACAAAGAGAUGCUCAGCUGGGACAGACUCAGAGGGACCACCUAACUUUAACUGUAAUGACACCCCACGAGCCAAACCUGACAGGUUGAAAUUGGAACCAUCCAUCAUUGCUACGGAGACGAGCCCCUCCCCUUCUAGUAAUGGAACCAGCCUGCUGUCAUUGCCAUGGGAGAUAGUGACCCAGAUAGCCUCACACCUCCCGGCACAGUGUGUCAUUAAUGUUCUGCCAAAGGUAUGUCAGAUGUUGGGAAGAGUUGGCGAGGACCGUUUGGUAUGGCAGGUUCGAGCCCACAAACUCUCGGGCCCCGGAGCCUCUUUUCCUGUUGGGCCCAAGGAGGACUUUGAUUGGUCCACUGCCUGCUUGGAAAUGGAGCAGCUGAUUGGCUCCUGGACUGGGCAAGAGGAUCAGUUAGAUGGACGGGAAGAGAGGGGGAUACUUCAUGAAGAACUUGCAGGGGCAGUUGGUGGAGUGAACGGUGAAGUGCAGGAAGCUGGGGGCAAUGUGGAGGAGAUGCAGGUGGAUGUUGAUCUGAAUGGUGAUGGAAUGAGGGUUGACAUGCAAGGAGAUUCCAAGGAACCUCCCAAAAACAUUGGAGAAAGAGAGGAGAGAGUUGAAGAUGGAGCCCAGAAUGACUCUAACAGUCUCCAGCAGUUGGAUUCUGAGGGCACUUCAUCCUCAAGCUCUUCUUCACCCUUGGAACGCAUCAUCCUCCCAUCUGGCCACAUUGCAGAUGUGAAUUGCGUUCUUCUGCUAGGUGGAGAGGGGGCGUUGUGUGCCUCCGGAUCUAGGGACCGAAACGUGAACAUUUGGGAUCUUCGACAGGGUCCCAGAGGUGCGCUAUUGCACACGUUAGGGGCGCCUGGUGUCAUUAGUACCCAUCGGGGCUGGGUGUGGUGUUUGGCAUCGAGUGGACCUCUGCUGGCAUCAGGGUCAUUUGACAGCACCAUCAGGCUCUGGGAUCUUGAAGCAGAAGGAGCGGAGCAGGGACUCAUCAAAUGUAAAGCUGCUGUUUUGUGUCUGGCCUGUGAGAGAGACACGGUGCUGGCUGGGACACAUGAUCAGAAAUUAAGCAUCUUUGACACCCGAGCUGCAGAUCCAUUGGUCAAGAGUCUUCAUCUUCAUAGUGAUGCUGUGUUGUGCCUCACCUCCAAUGACAACUACAUCUUAUCCGGCAGUAAAGACCAAACCAUCGCUCUGUUUGACCGCAGGGCCGGGAAGCUUUUGCAGAAAGUCCAGCUGAACUCCUACCUGCUGUCGCUGUGCUACAGUGGUCGAGAGGUGUGGGCCGGGGAUAACCGUGGACUCGUCCACACCUUCUCCAUGCACAACAGUUCCCUCACACCCAUAUCCCAGUUUAACAUCCACACUUCACUGGUCACAGGUGUACAUUACUCUCCUGGUACUCUGUACACAUGCUCCUCUGACCGCACCAUCAAGAUUCACCUCCCAUGUGCUCCACCCAAGACACUAUGUACACUUCACCAUCAGGCCGGGGUUAAUGGGUUAAGCUUUGAGGCAGGAACGCUGGCCAUCGCUUCUGGUGACAUGAAUGUAGAGGUUUGGAGACCCAGAACCUGAGGAGAAACCACCCAAUCAGUUUGUCAUCUCACAAUGAUGUCAUACUGUACACUUCAAAUCACUACUCUUUAACAUUCUGGGAAUUUAUUGAUGCAUUAUACUUUCAUCUGUUGCUUUAUUAAAAAAGGAAGUUAUGUGGUAGCUGUCUGAUACACUGAGACGUUUAUUGUUUCUUAUGUCUUGAUCCUGCCAUGGAAGAAAUAAUAAAAAAGGGUAAUUCUGAAUGUAGAUCUUGCAAAUGCGACUUUUUCUCGUAAUUGCAGCUUUAUGUUUGGUGAUUACAAGAUAUAAAUAUGAGUAAUUACUAGAUUUAAAGUCGUAAUUAUUACAAUUAUAACUACUAUUAUUAUUUUAUCCCCUUUUCCCCCCAAUUUGGCAUGCCUAAUUCCCAAUGGUUUCUUAUUCCUCUUAUUCAAACGUAGCAAAUAUGAGAAAUAAAUACAUAAUUACGUGAAAUAAAGUCACCAUUUCAAGAAAUAGUCACAAUUACAGAAAAAAGUCACAAAUACGGGACAUAAAGUUGCAAUUUUGAGGUAUAAAAUCACAAUUACAAGAAAUAAAGUUGUGAUUUCAAAAUAUAUAGCAUUGCGAUUUCAAGACAGAACAUCACAAUUUCGAGAAAUAAAGUGCCAAUUACAGAAAUAAAGUCGCAAUUACAGAAUAAAGUCACAAUUAUGGGACAUAAGUCUCAAUUUUGAGAUAUAAAGUCAAUUACUAGAAAUAUAGUUGCGAUUUCGAGAUGUAACAUUGCGAUUUUGAGAUAGAACGUCACAAUUUCGAGAAAUAAAGUCAAAAUUAUGAGCCAUAAAGUCGUGAUAUCUAGAUAUAAUGUUGCAAUUUCGAGAAAUAAAGUCGCAAUUACGGGAAAUGAAGUCAGCAUUUUUAGAAAUAAAGUUGCAACUACAGAAAAUAGUAGCAAUUAUGGGAGUCACGAUUGCGAGAAAACAAGGUCACAAUUACAGGAAACAAAGUCACAAUUACAGGAAAUAAAGUCACAAUUACAGGAAACAAAGUCACAAUUACAGGAAACAAAGUCACAAUUACAGGAAACAAAGUCCAAUUUUUGAGAAACAAAGUCACAAUUACAGGAAAUAAAGUCCAAUUUUUGAGAAAUAGUCACAUUUACAGGAAAUAAAGUCACAAUUACAGGAAACAAAGUCACAAUUACAGGAAACAAAGUCACAAUUACAGGAAAUAAAGUCACAAUUACAGGAAACAAAGUCACAAUUACAGGAAACAAAGUCACAAUUACAGGAAAUAAAGUCACAAUUACAGGAAACAAAGUCACAAUUACAGGAAAUAAAGUCACAAUUACAGGAAAUAAAGUCCAAUUUUUGAGAAACAAAGUCACAAUUACAGGAAAUAAAGUCCAAUUUUUGAGAAAUAGUCACAUUUACAGGAAAUAAAGUCACAUUUUUGAGAAACAAAGUCACAAUUACAGGAAAUAAAGUCACAAUUACAGGAAAUAAAGUCCAAUUUUUGAGAAACAAAGUCACAAUUACAGGAAAUAAAGUCACAAUUACAGAAAAUAAAGUCCAAUUUUUGAGAAAUAGUCACAAUUACAGGAAAUAAAGUCACAUUUUUGAGAAACAAAGUCACAAUUACAGGAAAUAAAGUCACAAUUACAGGAAAUAAAGUCCAAUUUUUGAGAAAUAGUCACAAUUACAGGAAAUAAACUCACAUUUUUGAGAAAUAGUCACAAUUACAGGAAAUAAAGUCACAUUUUUGAGAAACAAAGUCACAAAUACAGGAAAUAAAGUCAAAUGUUUGAGAAAUAAAGUCACAAUUACAGGAAAUAAAGUCACAAUUACAGAAAAUAGUCACAAUUACAGGAAAUAAAGUCAAAUUUUUGAGAAAUAGUCACAAUUACAGGAAAUAAAGUCACAUUUUUGAGAAACAAAGUCACAAAUACAGGAAAUAAAGUCAAAUGUUUGAGAAAUAAAGUCACAAUUACAGGAAAUAAAGUCACAAUUACAGAAAAUAGUCACAAUUACAGGAAAUAAAGUCACAAUUACAGAAAAUAGUCACAAUUACAGGAAAUAAAGUCAAAUUCUUGAGAAAUAGUCACAAUUACAGGAAAUAAAGUCAAAUUCUUGAGAAAUAGUCACAAUUACAGGAAAUAGUCAAUUGUUUUUAGAAACAAAGUCACAAUUACAGGAAAUAAAGUCACAAUUACAGGAAAUAAAGUCAAAUUGUUUAGAAAUGAAGUCACAAUGACAGGAAAUAAAGUCAACAUUUUUAGAAUUAAAGUGAAAUGACAGGAAACGAUAUUACAGUUUUGCAAUAUAAAGUUGCAAUUUCGAGAAAUAAAGUCACAAUUGUAGAAAAAAGUCGCAAUUAGGCGAGUCGCAAUUACAAGAUAUAAACGACAUAAAGUUGCAAUUAUGAGAAAUAGUCACAUUGUGAGAAAUAAAGUUGAGAUAUAAAGUCAGAAUUAACUUUUUUAUUAGAUUUUUUUAUUCCAUGGCGGGAUCAGGGCACUAUAGUUCCUAAAAACACCAAAUCUGACAUUCCUUUUUUCUCAUAAUUCCACGCCAUUCACUGUGAUUGGCGACAGCACAGACAAAGUGCUAACAUUUCAGUGCCUCAUAAACUCAGUAACACCACAACUCUUGUCUUCUCAAACUGGUUUAUUGUGUUUUUAAUCUGACUUUGUGGGAUCACAAAGUUAUUUCUUGAAAGCUUAAAAAGAUGAAGACUGAAGAUUUUGUUAGAAUUAAUCAUAUACUUGAGAACACAACGCGACAAAUAGAAAAGCACAUCUAUUGUAAAAUACAGUAAAAUAGUUACAUGGGUACAAGAACAAGACCAUUUGUAAAAAAAAAAAAAAAAUAUACAAAUCACACCAGAAAUAACACUGUUAUCUUUCAAAGUUCAUUUGGAAGUAAAUUGUGUUUACAAAUGUGCCACCAUGCUUUCAAAAUGUACUAUAUGAUGCUCUAUAAGUGGACAUUUUAAGAACCUAACAAAUUAAAUACUAAAUAGCCUAAUUUAAAGCAUACAUAUUUAUUAUUAUUAUUAUUAUUAAUUAUUUAUAACUAAUGCAGAGAUAUUGCUGAUGUAUUGUUUUGUGACUGACUGAACAUCCUGUGAUCAAAAGUCAAUGUUGAUUAAAUGCCUAUUUUGUUUCUUUUUAAAUGCUUUAUGAAUGUACAUUUUGAUCAUUAAAAUGUAAUGUAACACUGCAAAUAAAAAUGUCUCUUUGGGAAGCAAGACCAGCUUGGUAAAAGUCCAGCUUGGUAAAAUUC